UUUUUUAGCGUGUGAAAUAAAGUCUUUCUUUCUUUAUCACCUCGUAGUAGUUCUUAAUUUAUAGGUUCAAAUACCUAACUGCCAACCUCCUUACACCUCAUUAAAUAAUACCUAAACAUUUUGCAUAAAUCCAAGUGGCCUGCAACAAUAUCUGACAGCGUCACUAGUACUAAAUGGCAGUUUUAGAUAUAACCUAUACCUAGAUUUCAAUUAAUUUUGAGUAAUCAUUUUAGUUGACCGUAUUAAGAACAAGAUAAUGCAUUCAGUUGGGUUGCCCCGGACAUGUCUCGGCUUUACAAAUAUAUUUUCCUUCAUGUGUGGUCUGGUCGCGUUCAUAAUUUGCCUUUGGUGCGCCGUCAAUACAGAAUUCUUCCAGGAUGUGAACUCUUCAGUGGCCAGUGUUUCCACCGUCAAUUCUAUCGCUAAAUUCGUAAAUUUGAAACUAUGGUUGACCCCUCUAACGUCGGUGCUGAUACCGAUAGCCGCGCUCGCUAUGAUGACGUCAUGCUGCGGAGUGCUGGGCGCUGGCUGCAGGGUGAAAUGCGCCAUGAAAUCGUACAUAUUCCUCGUCAGUACAAUGACAUUCAUCUCGUUUUGGAUAUUCUUCAUAUCAGGAAUUUAUAACAUUUACACUAAAAACGAGAGUACUCGGAAAUACAUGCAGACGUCUAUAGAAAAAUAUUACGGAAAAGAAAACGAUUUUAUCACUUUCAUAUGGGACUACGUGAUGAUAGAACAUGAGUGCUGCGGAGCUGUUAAUUAUAGAGACUUUAUGAUAUCGAAGUGGCAGACCGCGAAUCCUUCGAAAAUGUACCCGAUCCAGUGCUGCAAGCUGGCUAACGUGACCAGUUUGGAGCCGGUCUCGCCAAACUGCUCGCUGAUCCUCGACCCAGACAUGCUGACUCACAAGGACGUCGGCUGCUUCGAAGCGCUGCAUUCAGCGAUAGUCAUGAAUAAAGGGACAAUUAUAUUCUAUAUCGUCUCGUUGGGAUUGUUUUACAUGGUUGUAAUACUAUUUGCAUACUGUAUAUUGCGAGGGGAGCCGCUAUUGGGAGCGAUGGCGGGUAGAUUUACAGACUUGCUGCCGUCAAGGGCGCAGGAAGAUACACGUAAAAUGAUUCCAGUGAACCAGGCUAGGAGUAAAAUUGUGUAUGUGGAGGAGCAGCCCCAGCCGCAGCGGAUGGUGAAGGUGGUGUCGGCGGUGAACCCCUUCCAGUCGUACUCGUUCGCUCCCAGCGCGUACAGCCGGCCCGAGGACUACCGAGCGCACACUGUACAUAGCGUCAGGCGAUAGAUAUAUGUUCAAUAAACACUUUGUUAUAUAAUCUAUAUGGUUUUAUUCUGUAUUAUUUAGUUUGGAUAAAAUAAAUUACUUUAUUUUAAUGAACUAUCGUGUUUGUAAUUAUGUUGCUACUUAGAUAAAAAAUUCAUAGUAACAGCGGCCAGAUGUAAGCUUUGGGAUAGCGUUGCAAUCUUUUACGCUGCGGCAGUUUGUUUAUUUCCCUGCCAUAAACGUAACAGUAGCAUAUUCUUCUAAGAAUCUAUUAUAAUGAAAGAUUGCAAUUAUAGUAAGUCAAGUUUUAUAUUUAGUAAACAAUCGAUAUACUAUAUCCAGAUGAAUCUGUUUUAUAUGUAUGACAAUCUUUCCUUUUGUUGUCGUGGCUUGCACAGUUGGAUCACGGGUAGACAACUCUAGAAUUGUAUAAU